UUUAUCCUCAAAAUGCCCAAACUAAUCCUAAUACUUGUUCGCGCACUUACUAUAACAAGUGUUUUAUCGGGAAGAGCUUGUGUUAGUCAUAGUUCCGCAGUAAAAAAUGGUCGGAACAAGAUUUACUGUCUGCUCGCAAAUACUGUACUGUCCCUUUAAUUGAAGGGGUCGCGCGCAGCUCGGACGCAAUCGUUUAAAAGCUCCAUCCCAGGCAGGCAGCUCCCCCAGUGUCCAUUCAUAAAACAAAACAUCGUGUAGAGAGAAAGUUGUCGAUUGGUUUUUCUUCGGUGGACUCGCAGGAGCUGGAAUAUGUUCGCAUCUGUCGGGGACAUGGCCCAGAGAGCAGAAGUGACUUCCCAUGGCUGAGCCCCCUGCUGACGGGUUGGACUUCAUGCUCGAGCCGCCAGCAGCAGGAGGCAGCUCGUUCCACCUCAGACCCAAAACAUGCUCAUUUCCUCGCAGCGUCUGGUGAUAUUAACUCGCUUCCGUUAAUACGAAGUCACUGUGGGUUAAAUAGCAUAUGCGUUUCCGUCCUCCUCCCUCUUCCUCCUCUCUUUUAAUCUGCUGAUAAAUGAAAGUAUACCAGAGGAGCUGUGGACCUGACAUGCCGAUGGGGCUUUGAGUUAUGGCAGCCAAAGAGGAACUGUAUGCCAAAGUGACACCGCGGAGGCAGCGCCAGAACCGGCCGAGCACCAUCAAACAUGGCUCUACGCUGGACGUGCUUCUGUCCAUGGGCUUCCCCAAGACUAGGGCAUUAAAAGCUUUAGUGUCAACAGGAGGCAAAAAUGUCCAGGCAGCCUGUGACUGGCUCUUCUCCCACCUGGACGACCCGUUCCUGGAUGACCCUCUGCCCAGAGAGUAUGUGUUAUACCUGCGACCCAGCGGACCUCUGCUCCAGCAGCUCUCACACUUCUGGAAGCAGUCUCGCCUUUCCUGUGGCAAGAACAAGGCCCACAACAUCUUCCCCCACAUCACCCUCUGCCAGUUCUUUGUGUGUGCUGACGAGAAAGUGGAAGCUCUGUCUGACGCUCUCCAGAGCACUGUGGCCAAGUGGAAGGGUCAGAUACCCAUGCCCCUCCCCCUAGAGCUCUACACCUCCUCCUCCUUCAUUGGCCUCUUCGUGGAGGAGCAGAUGGCCGAGGUUCUGAAGAGUUUUGCUGCUGACUUUGCCACGGAAGCAGAGUCUAAAGCAGAUGUUCACGUUGAGCCCCAUAAGAAGCAACUUCAUGUCACUUUGGCGUACCACUUCAACGACAGUCACCUUCCACUUUUGGAGAAACUGGCCAAAAAUAUCAACGUGGCGUCCGGCUGUGACUGGCUGGCGGUGCUCCUCUCCAGAGAUAUUAGAUUUGCUAACCACGAGACGCUCCAGGUGAUGUACCCGUACGUGCCUCAGAACGACGACGAGCUGGAGCUGCUGCAGGGAGACUUCAUCUUCAUGUCCUCGGUGGAGCAGAGCACAGCUAGUGAGGGCUGGGUGUACGGCACGUCGCUGGGCACGGGGCUGUCCGGCCUGCUGCCUGAGAACUACGUGAGCCGUGCAGAUGAGUCCGACACAUGGGUGGUUCAUGGAUCGCACUCCCUCCUCAACUGUGCCUCUCCUUCUACCUCUGGUAGCCCUGUGGGUGGGCUAUUAUUCGAUGGACAGCUAAAUGACAGUCUUCUGGACAGUCUUAUGGAUCCGUCCAGCCUUGCUGGCCUCUGUCCUCCGAUGCAGGUGUCGCGGCCAACUGGUUCUCCGUCUCUGUCCAGGAUGAGGCUGUUUGUGUGUCGCCAUGGCGAGAGGAUGGAUGUGGUGUUUGGUAAACACUGGGUCACUCAGUGCUUUGAUUGCAAAGGCCGCUACAUCCGUUCUAACCUCAACAUGCCGUCCAGCCUUCCGGCCAGAAACGGCGGUCACCGGGACUACGAUAAAGAUUGUCCAAUUACUGUGUUUGGCUCCACCCAGGCCCGACUAGUAGGGGAAGCCCUGUUAGAAAGCCACACGGCUGUAGACUUUGUUUACUGCUCUCCCUCUCUUCGCUGCAUCCAGACUGCUCAGAACAUUCUGCAGGGUCUCCAGCAGGAGACAAAGACAAAGAUCCGUGUGGAGCCUGGCUUGUUUGAAUGGACCAAAUGGGUCUCAGGCACAUGUUUACCCACCUGGAUCCCACCGGCUGAGCUGGCGGCCGCUAACCUGAGCGUGGACACAACCUACAGACCUCAUGUUCCAGUGAGUAAGUUGUCGGUGUCGGAGUCCUACGACACCUACAUCAGCAGGAGCUUCCAAGUGACCCGAGAGAUUCUGGCUGAGUGCAAAAAUCAGGGAAAUACGGUCCUGAUAGUGGCCCAUGCUUCCUCCCUAGAGGCUUGCACUCGCCAGUUACAGGGCCUCAGCCCCCAAAACUCCAAGGACUUUGUCCAAGUUGUCCGAAAGAUUCCUUACUUGGGAUUUUGUGCAUGUGAAGAACUGGGAGAGACAGGCGUGUGGCAGCUGGUCGACCCCCCCAUCUUGCCCCUGACACAUGGACCCAAUCACAGUUUCAACUGGAGGGAAAUGCUAAUGCAAGACUGAAGGAUGUUCUGUUGUGUUCCUGGUUUUUUGUGUUUGUUUUUGUCAUGUUGAACUGCUGAAACUUAUUUAUUUUUAUCCUUUAACAUUUCUAGAAUUCCAGUCAAACUGACAAAAGGACAAAACACACACACGCGCGCGCACGCGCGCGGUCUGGCUUCCAUCAAAGACUUCAUGCAAAAAUAAAUGUAUGUAUAAAAUAAGCGCUAAUCUAUUUAGAUGCACUGCUCAGGAAGGAGACGCACAGCCUGUGUGAAGGCAACGUGCUUGGAUGAAGGUCUGUUUUCUUGUGGCACUUAUCAGUGAGGAAUAUGGACGCGCUACAGAAAAAACAGGACGCUUCUGUAGAAACGUACCAUUUGAAGGUUUUUAUUUUGACUAGCGAAGCGCUGGCUGUGGCCCCUCGCGUGGGAGGUGAAGACUCCGCUGUUUUCUCACACACUGUGACAUGAAAGAGUUGAGAACCACAGGAGGAUUUUUCCACAUGUUGGAACUGAUUAUUUAACUUGCAGCGACUGCCCCCUUGUGAAAAAGCACAAAAGAGAGGUUGACAAUCAGACAGGGGAGCACCGACCUUCAUUGUUUCUGAGGUGAAUCGUUUAUUGCUCCUUUUUAAACUUCCCUCUAAAAUGUCAUAUCGAAUUCUUCAGCGCUCAUGACCCCAAGUGAAUAUUUUAAGCCUUCUACAAAACCUCAGCUCAAAUUAUUUAUUGCAUUACAGCCAGGUUGAGGAAAUAACGUUCAGAUUGAUGUUGCAUCAACUAUCUUAAGGUGCCUCAAUUAUUAUUAAUAUUAUUAUUAUUAUUAUUGGUCUGUUUUUCAGUUGUGACCCUGGAACUAUGUAAACCCCAUAACCACCUUGCUUUAAUUACAUUUCUUAUGAUUUUUGCUACAUCUGAAGAUUUAAACACUUAUACCGGUUACUUGCUCUGUAUGACUGAAAAUCUAUUCAUGCUCUAUAAAUCAAUAAAGCAACUUUGUGGA